CCCGACAAUUCUCGUCAACAUCCCCGGUCUUUUCUCUUUUCACCUUUCUCUCUCUUCCCUUUACACUCCAUCUUUCAGAUCAGAUCUAAAAAAUUCUCACUUCCAAACCUUAAAAAAAAAAAUCAACAAUGGCAACCCCAGCUCCAUCACGACGCGAAGAGUUCGUCUACAUGUCGAAACUCGCCGAGCAAGCCGAACGAUACGAGGAAAUGGUGGAAUUCAUGGAGAAAGUCGUCGCCGCCGUCCCCGAUUCCGACGAACUCACGGUGGAGGAGCGAAACCUCUUGUCCGUAGCUUACAAGAACGUGAUCGGAGCACGGAGGGCGUCGUGGCGGAUCAUAUCGUCGAUCGAGCAGAAGGAAGAGUCCCGUGGAAACGUCGAUCACGUGAAUGCGAUUAAGGAGUAUAGGGCGAAGAUUGAGGCGGAGUUGUCGAAGAUUUGUGAUGGGAUUUUGAAGAUUUUGGACUCGAGGUUGGUGCCCAGUGCGGGUUCUGGGGACUCCAAGGUGUUUUAUUUGAAGAUGAAGGGGGAUUACCAUAGGUAUUUGGCGGAGUUUAAGACUGGAUCGGAGAGGAAGGAGGCGGCGGAGAACACGCUCAAUGGCUAUAAGGCAGCACAGGAUAUAGCAAAUGCAGAAUUGGCUCCAACGCAUCCAAUCCGCCUUGGAUUGGCUCUGAACUUUUCUGUUUUUUACUAUGAAAUCUUGAACUCUCCUGAUCGAGCAUGCAGUCUAGCAAAACAGGCUUUUGAUGAAGCCAUCGCGGAGUUGGAUACGCUGGGAGAAGAUUCAUACAAGGAUAGCACUCUUAUAAUGCAGCUUCUUCGUGACAAUCUGACUUUGUGGACCUCAGAUAUGCAGGAUGAUGGGGGCGAUGAAAUUAAAGACGCAACCAAGCCUGAGCAGUAG